UUUAUUUUUCCAGCAUCACAAAGUUUUUUUUUUGGGAAAAUAAGUAAUAAUUAAUGAAUUUUGAUGUAAUAUAUCUUUUUUACGUACCUUCACUUCCGUUUACUAAAUCCAUUGAAUCUUAGCUCUUAAGUAUUAUUUUAUUUAACUAUAAGUAUGUUCCUUCUUUUUUCAGAACGUUCACCACGGACUUUUUCUUGCUGAUUUUUUUAUUCUUUAUUUUUUUCUGCUUCGUUCUACUUCAACUUCCUCCAGCAUUUGCUAAAAUUGUCUUUGGCUACUUAACCUUCUGCAAGCUCAUUUCCGUGAUUUUAUUUUUUAUUUUUGGAUUGGAGGAUGUUAUCUGUGAAAGGUUGUGUUGGAUAAUAAUUAAUUGAGAGAUAAAAAAAGAUUUUGGGACCGAAUGGGUGGGAAGAGAUCUGGUUUAAAAUGCGACUUCAGGAUCUAUUCACAGUUGUUUAUGGGGAUCGUGUUGAUCUGCUUGACCCGGGUUUCGCUUGGAGCUACUAAUCCUGAUGAUGUUGCUGCAAUUAAUAAAUUGUAUGCUGCACUGGGUGCCCCUCUUCUUCCUGGGUGGACUGCUUCUGCCGGCGACCCGUGUGGUGAAGCAUGGCAGGGUGUUAUAUGCAAUAAUACAAAUAUAGUGAGGAUAGUUCUCAACGGCGCCAAUCUGGGAGGACAACUGGGUGAUAGUUUAGGAAUGUUCACUUCUAUCAUAGGGAUAGAUCUAAGCAACAACGUCAUUGGGGGUAGUAUUCCUUCAAAUUUGCCUGCUACCAUGCAAAACUUUUUUCUUUCAGCAAACCAAUUUACUGGAACCAUCCCAGAUUCUUUAUCUUCAUUGAGUAUGCUGACAGCCAUGUCUCUUAACAACAAUUUUUUAACUGGAGAGAUACCAGAUUCUUUUCAAACGCUCACUGGAUUGAUCAAUUUAGAUCUAUCAAGUAAUAAUUUGAGUGGGAAGCUGCCACCCUCUUUAGAAAACUUGUCAUCUUUGACCACCCUACGCUUGCAGAACAAUAAGCUAUCUGGAACUCUGGAUGUUUUACAAGAUCUUCCCCUGAGAGAUUUGAACAUAGAGAAUAAUCUUUUCUCUGGACCCAUACCUCCGAAGUUGCUAAGCAUCCCAAACUUUGGGAAAGAUGGAAAUCCAUUUAAUUCUACUAGUGCUCCACCACCUUCACCCACAUCUCCAUUAAGCGCACCACCAUCACCACCGCUUUCUGGGGCACCAUCUUCUGGUAGAACACCUGGGAAACGGGCUGAUGGACCAUCAGCAUCAGAGGCAUCAAAUGGACGAACAAAGAAAUUUUUGACUACUAAAAGGGUGGUUUGGAUAUCAAUUGCAGGGGUGCUAUUGUUUAUAAUUUUGAUGUUAGGUAUCAUACUUUUUAUGCCAAGAUGUUGCAGACAAAUAGGACUUGCAGACAGGGUUUCCAAGAGACAUCAGAUAGGUGCAUAUAAAGGGGACAGGGAGAACCCCCCUAUGGACAAUGGAUCCUUGGUCCAGCCAACCAAUCAAAUGCGGAAAGUUGCAAAAGAGUCAGUUCUAAGGCCAAAGGAGGACCAUGAAACAGAACCAAGAAGACCUGCAGCAAUUCCAAAGCGACGUAAUGAUCAAGAGACAAACAUGCAAAGAAUUAGCACAAUGCCAAAGCAAGAGGAUCCUGAGUUAGAUUUUAGUGCACUUGAUGAUUAUUUGAUGUCUCCUCCCCGUCCACCCCCACCCCCUCCCCCUCCUCCGCCGCCUCCUCCUCUGCCUCCUCCUUCUCUCCCUUCUUUUGAGAAGGUCAUUGUGGAGCCAGUUGUGCCCACCAAGAUGACCACAGAGAAGCACUCCACCAAAACUCAGAAACUUCGUACUACUGCGAAGUCCUUCACUAUAGCAUCUCUUCAACAAUACACAAACAGCUUUUCUCAAGAUAAUCUUAUAGGAUCAGGCAUGCUGGGAAACGUCUAUAGGGCACAGCUUCCUGAUGGAAAGCUACUUGCGGUCAAAAAGUUGGACAAGAGAGCUUCCAGUGUGCAAAAGGAUGAUGAGUUUCUCGAACUCGUAAACAAUAUUGAUAAAAUCAGGCAUGCUAAUGUAGUUGAGCUCAUGGGAUACUGUGCAGAGCAUGGCCAAAGGCUUCUUAUCUAUGAAUAUUGCAGUAAUGGUUCACUACAGGAUGCUCUGCACUCGGAUGACGAAUACAAAAAGAAACUUUCAUGGAAUGCUCGUGUUAGAAUGGCACUUGGAGCUGCAAGAGCCCUGGCGCAUUUACAUGAGGUCUGCCAGCCACCAAUCAUGCACAGAAAUUUCAAAUCUGCCAAUGUUCUCCUUGACGAUGACCUUUCUGUCAGAGUCUCUGACUGUGGUUUGGCUCCAUUGAUUUCAUCAGGUUCUGUGAGUCAGCUGUCAGGUCAUCUGCUAUCAGCUUAUGGUUAUGGAGCUCCAGAAUUUGAGUCAGGAAAUUAUACUUGCCAGAGUGAUGUUUACAGUUUUGGAGUGGUUAUGCUAGAACUUUUAACAGGUCGACAAUCCUAUGACAGGACGCGGAGCCGGGGAGAGCAAUUCCUGGUCAGAUGGGCAAUUCCUCAGCUUCAUGAUAUUGAUGCAUUGUCUAGGAUGGUUGAUCCUUCUCUAAAUGGAGAAUACCCUGCAAAAUCGUUAUCACACUUUGCUGACAUUAUAUCUCGAUGUGUUCAGUCGCAACCAGAAUUUAGGCCACCAAUGUCUGAAGUUGUCCAAGACAUAUUAGAAAUGCUACGUAAAGAGCCUCACAUGAGCGGAUCAUCAAGUGAAGACUCAAUUGGAAGAUAAACCAGCGAUUAACAUUUGAAUGGAUGAAGUUUUAGAAGCUGCAAUGCUGGGAACUACAAGCGUUCUUCUUUUGCGAACAAGCUGCACAAAAAUUCUGCUAACAGGAUCAACAUGCACAUCCCCUAAAGCUUCUCACCAUGAGGAAUUUUUUUUCUGGUUGUGAACAUUCCUCCAAUUUUUGCAGUAAAUUAUUUGUAAUAUCGUUCUGCUUUUCUUUUAAAUAUGCAAAUGAUAUGUAUUGUGCACAAAUGAGCUAACCCAAUUGUUUUAUAGUUAAUAUUUGUUACUAAUCCUUGAUAAUGAUUUUUUUUUCUC